AUGUCGCGCAAACCGGCCGAUGUGGCGUCCAAGGAGCGCAACGAAUACAUUCCCUCCUUCAUCUCGAAAAAGCCGUUCUACGUCGACGAUGAUUCAGGCAACGACUAUCUCGAGCAUCAACGUCUGAACAAGACUACCCAAGACCAGUCCAAGUGGUACGACCGAGGAAAACGCGCGGGUCCGGCAGCGACCAAAUACCGCAAAGGCGCAUGUGAGAACUGCGGCGCAAUGACCCAUAAAACCAAAGAAUGCCUGAGUCGACCCCGAAAGCAGGGUGCCAAAUGGACUGGGAAGAAUAUUGAGGCCGACGAGGUUAUCCAAAAGGUUGACAUGGGCUGGGAUGCUAAAAGAGAUCGGUGGAAUGGCUACGAUGCCAGCGAGUACCGCCAAGUUGUCGACGAAUACGAAGAGCUGGAGUCGAUGAAGCGCUCCGCAAAAGAAGGCGCAGACCUGAAGAAGCUGAUGGACGGGGAUGACGAGAAUGAGGGUCUGGAGGAAGAUAUUCGAUACGCCGAAGAAUCCGACAUGGGUCGGCAACAAAGCACAGCCACGCGCAACCUUCGGAUCCGAGAAGACACCGCUAAAUAUCUGCUUAAUCUCGACCUUGAUUCCGCGAAAUACGAUCCAAAGACUCGACGCAUGGUGGAUAUGGGUGCACAAGAUGAUCAGGCGUCUGCCCUUGUGGCUGAAGAGAACUUUGUCCGAGCCUCCGGCGACGCGGCCGAAUUUGAAAAGGCUCAGCAGUACGCCUGGGAUUCCCAGGAGAAAGGCAUGUCCCAAAUUCAUCUUCAGGCCAACCCCACAUCAGGAGAGGUGCUUCGGAAGAAAGAACAGAAAGAGAGUGAUACCAAACGCGAGGCUCACCGCAAAGCCCUUUUGGAGAAAUAUGGAGGCAGUGAGCAUCUUCAGCCAAGUCCUUUACGAGACACCAUGGUUGUUGAGAACGAGCGAUUCGUUGAGUACGAUGAGAGCGGUGCUAUCAAGGGUGCACCCAAGAAUGCUAUCAAGUCCAAGUACGCUGAAGAUGUCAUGCCCAAUAACCAUACUUCUGUCUUCGGCAGUUGGUGGUUUGAGUUCAAGUGGGGCUAUGCAUGCUGUUACUCUACAGUCAAAAACAGCUACUGUACUGGCGAGGACGGAAAGAAGGCGUUUGAAGAAGAGGGUAACAUGCUGAUGCUGACUGGGGGAGAUGAAGAAGAGCCUACUCAAGAAAAUCAUAAGCCCGAGCCUGUCAGCACAGUUGGUCAAGAGCAGGAUCCAAUGAAUGGAAAGAAGCGGACGAUCGAGGAGCUGAAAUCCGGGAUCACUGAGGAAGAGAUGGAAUCUUACAAGCGCAGUCGGCUGGCUGCGGAUGAUCCGAUGGCCAACUUCAUCGGAAAAGACGAGAAAUGA